UAUCAGCGGGAGCCUCCCCAAUUUGAUCCAGUUCGACAAUCAGCAUAUUCGAAAAGAACACGCAAGUCGUCGCUCCGACUGCGAAAUUAUGAAUUGCGACGUGCCGUGGUGUUUUUUCAGCUGAAGUAAUUAUUACUUUGUGCUCCUCUCUUUCAUUGACGUACAAGAGAGGUGAGAUCACCUUUGUUUUCGCAAACCACACUGCAACAAAAAAAAACUCACUCUUGAAGAGAGGAAAGAACUCUUGAAGUAUUGGAAACUGUCCGUCGAUCGAUUUGCGUCAAGUGCUGAAAAGAAGACUUAGAAAUUUCGCUUGAAAAGUUUGCAAAUAUUGGCUCAACAUGUUCCGGAAGUCCGGCAAGAUACAGGAAGUUGCGAAUCCGUUUCAGGUGUUGGAGAGCGAAUCUGGCGGCAUCCGCGGCUCGGCGUUUCGCAGCCUCGCGGAGGACGACCCCUCCACGCCCCCCCCUGCGACGACUCACCUGGCCGGCCAGGAGGACCGACGCUCGACGCCGCCGCCGCCGCCACAACCAGUCGCACCGGAGUCUCCGCACCUGUCGGAAGAGCCGUUCGAGCUGCACGUGCACGAAGUCGAGGGCUCGUUGGGAUCGCUCAACUCGCAGUCAGAACAGGACGCCGACGAGGGACCAUCAAUUGGAUUACGACUUACAAAGGGUGCUGAGGGCGACCCCUGGAGCUACAGCAUCAGCACGCGCGAGGCCGAUGUUGAGGGUCGCAGGGCAGUGAGUGAGGACCAGAUCGAGGUGCACCCUUCGCCGUCGCCCGAAAUGCGCAAACACGACUCCAUCCUUGACGCGUGGGGUCCGCCGGCCCCGGCCCAGCACUCGCCGAUGACGCCGCACCGCAGCACGCACCUCGAGCAACAACAGUUUUCGUCGCCGAUGGCGUCGACGGCGUCGCUCAUCUCGAGUCAGAUAUUCACCUCCAGCAAGGUCAAGUUAAAAUUAGGCUGGCUGACUGGCGUGGCGUCAAUUUUAACCGCGAUUUCGGCGGCAGUGUCGUUAGGCAACAUGCUUCGCCUCCCCCGUCUAGUCCUUCUCCACGGCGGCGGCCCGUUUUUGGUCGCCUACUUGGUGAUUCUCGUGGUAAUUGGCCUGCCGUUGGCCUUCCUGGAGAUCGGCCUUGGCCAGUUUUGUCAGCAGGGAUCGCUGCAGAUCUACCGAGCUGUGCCUCUGCUCAAAGGAGUGGGCAUCGUCAAGUUGAUCGCGAGUCUUUUGAUGAGCGCCUACUACCCAGUCAUCAUGGCAAUUUCGUUUUUCUCGCUCAUCUGGAGUGCCAAAGGACCGAUUCCUUUCACCGAGUGCAAUCAGAAGAAGUUCAGCUCGCACUUCUAUGAUUAUGUGGAAUCCGAAGCUUUGACGAUGUCAAACACAAACAACACGGAAGGGAUUCUACAAGGAGAAAACUGCUUGAACAUUACUAUUUUGAAAUCACCUCAAGAAGAUGCAAUGUGGCUAGGAGUGAAUUAUGCGCUGCUAUUUCUUCUCUGGGCACUUCUCACUUUGAGUCAGUGGGGUAGCACUUUGUGGCAGCGAAGAACGAUGCUGCUGACAGUGCCCGUCGGAUUGGGACUCUUGAUUGCCAUUUUGGCCCAAGCUGCCUCUCUCGAUCUUGGUUCGUGGCCUUUGGAUUGGUCCAACUGGUCUGGACUUUUGGAGCCCAAGAUUUGGUACUUUGCAAUGGUGCAGGUGUUUUUCUCAACGCAGAUUGGGUUCGGCGUCAAUAUCACCAACGCAGGCAAGAUCUUUCCCAAGAAAAAUGCAUUUUGGGUUGCACUGGGCAUGAUUUUCUGCAACAUAAUCGCCGCCCUCGGUGCUGUGUGGGUCGCGUGGUUGUGGCUCAAGCGCAGUUCGGUGAAGCCUCCAACGAGUCUGAAGUCGGACAUUCCCGAAUUGGUCGUGCUGUCCCUUCUGUUGGACUACGCCGGGUACACGGUGGACAUGCCAGACAAAAGGCUUUGGGCGGCUCUGGCCUGCGCUCUGCUUCUGAUCGCCGGCUUCGUCAGCACGACGUCGCUGCUGUACUCGGUCAUAACGGCGAUCGCUUCCGAAACACCUGCCGAGAAGCUCCGGCGCUGGCACAUUGUGGUCGCCGUGUGCGCCGUGGGAUUUGUGGCCGGCGUUUUGAUUUUUGUUCCUGAGAAAAUAGAAUUCGUUCACUUGCUGGACCACUACGUCAUUGGGAGAUUAAUAAUGGCCACUUGCAUUUUGGAGCUUAUCGGAUUUGCAUGGAUAUAUGGAUGCGAAACUUUGUACAACGAUUUUGAAUUUGUGCUUGGCCAAAAGAUGAACAAAAUUUGGAAAUUCAUUUGGAUUUGUGCUCCCGUAGUGUUACUUGCAGUCGAGCUUUGGUCCAUAUUUGCUCUCCCGUUGAAUGGCCUCCCUGAGGGCCAAGGCACUCAACACCCUGACCCGGAGUGGGUGACCAUCACGGGUUGGACUAUUUACUUGUUGAUGUGGGUGGUGGUCCUAGGAUCGGCGAUAUGGACGCUUGGCCACCAAGUUGACUACAAUUUCACCGACAAAUUGAGGAGUUCGAUAAAGCCGACGUCGAAAUGGGGACCUGCUGACCCUCUGCACAGACACGGCUGGGUGCGGUGGCGGACGCAAUUUUCCACGACAGGGCGAAAGGACUUUACCCUGCGCAGAAGGGGCACCAGGGACUACACGCACUCGGCGAGGGCUUCGCCAAACACAACGCUCGUCAGAACGCCAAAGAAGGCCAAUGGACCUUCGCCCCUGGCCACGUCGACGCCCGUCGCGCCCAUGCCCUGGCAAACAAACCCGUCUCCGUGACAGACAAAAGCAAGAAGCAGUGCAUUUCGAUCCUAUGCACACCGUCAGUGCCAAUGAGUGAAAGAUAAUUACUAGUGGACUCUAGUGUGUAAGUGCGCCGACUGAUUUUGUAAUAAAUAUUUCUAACAAAUUUCAAACCUCAGGU